ACAGACCAAGGGUUAUUGAGAUAACUGUUAGCAGUUAUGAGUUUCUCCUCUAACAAGCUCAUGUGUGCGUUCUGUGGCUUUUCAGAACUGAGCACCUGUAACGUACAUGUGCAUUUAACAGAUACGUGUCUAAAACCAUGGCCAGUCUUUGCAGGAAGCAAUAGGGAUUGGAUGUUCUUGCAUAUGCACCUUCUGUUCUGUACCGUAAGGGUCAAGUUGUUGCUUUGCGGACUCCUUUACGGUCUUGCACGUUCAGCACUGGAAUUGAGCGGUCAGAGUUGGGCUGGGGGUGUUUGCAAAAUCUGACAGUAGUUUUGCAUAGAAAUUUGCUGACCAUCUGGAUCAAAAUGUUUAAAGGAAAACGAAAGUUUGAGAAACUAAAUCACGUCAGAAAAUUAUUACUCAAGUAGCCUGCUUCAUGCAGUCCUUGCUUAGUUUCUUUCUUCCUGUUAAUUGUUCCAUGUUCUUCACAGCUUGACUCUAGAUUUUGUAACCGUGGUUAGGACUUGUUUUCUCAAUGUGUUCUUUCUUCCAAAUGUGUUGUUUGUGAGAUGGCAGUUGACUGGGACCCAAAGACCUUGAGGAUCCUGGCAAGCCUCACAGGAAAAAGCAUGUUACGCUAACAGGCUGGAGCUGGCUAGAGGCAGUGGAACGAUGCCCUGCUCCAGGAAUGCCACCUCGUAAAAAGAAAUUAAAACCCCAGAGUCUAAGCUUUGUCUUUGAUAGAAGAGGAAGGUACUAGGAAAAGCUGAUUUAAAAAAAAGAAAGGCACUUAAAAAUGGUCUCCAAAGGAAAAGGAUUUUGCACAAACUUAUGCCAGUGAAAUGGAGCUGCUCAGAGUUCAAUGGAUGGCAAGAAGCUGACAUGAAAGAAGUCAACCAUGGGAGGUCCCAGGACUUCGCACUGCCUGUCUCCACAAUUGCUAACAACCAAGGCACUCGCAGAUGAGUUACAUGGGUUGGGAGGUGGUGGUGUGCUGCUGGAGGUGCUCAGCCCCUUGUAGGAGGGAGGACCAUGAAGAGAGCUGAGAAUGAGAUGGACUUUACCGUGAAAGACCUGAAGCUCUUGGUAUACACAUCAUCGAUGAGCUGCAGAUGAGCACAGCGUGCGCCUCAGAGGAUGGAUGCGAAUGUGGACUGGGACUCUGAGAAUAACAUUUGUUACACAGGUGAGAAGUCUUCAAAUUGUUCCAGAAAGACCACUAAGCUGGUGGGCCACACGUCUAGCCUCCAGAAGGAGGUAGACAUGAAUUACUCGCAGACAUGCAGUCCUUGGUGUAACUCUGCUGGACCUUCAGGUAAGCAGGAGUUUCCUGCAGAGUUGCAUUGGGAAGACAAAGAAACCGCUGAGAUCUAUUACCAGAAACAAGGCAAGAGUACAGCUGGGAUAUUUCCCCCCACCAGUACCGACUUUGACCUGCAGCGUGAAGAUAAAAAUUUACAGCGAUGUUCCUCUGAGCAGCCCAAGAAACCACGGAAAAGACCACGUGAUGAUAAUGAAAACACUGUUCUCGCAGCUGUUUUUGGUGAAGACCGGGAGCCCAUCUCUGGGGAAGCUUUGUCAUAUCGGUGCAAGAAGUGUAGUUCUUCUUUCCAGGGUAUAAGCGAGCUGCAGGAACAUAAGCGAACCCACCUCGUGGAAAACUCAUACCGAUGUCCCAUCUGUGCCAAAGAGUUCUUCCGUGCGGCAAAUUUGCGAAUGCACAAGCUCAUUCAUUCCAGCGACAGGCCACACAAAUGUCCAGAGUGUGACAAGGGUUUCAUUCGCACAGCUGAUGUCUGGAGGCACCUGCGCAAUGUGCACAAGAUCGAGCGUUCCAUGGUGAUCUUGGGAAACGGCAUGGCCAGGAACCCGUGGUCGGUAGUGCACCGUAACCAGCACACCGUUGAGUACGCUGACCAGCCUUGUGCAGAAAACCAAAAAUCUGAGGAAGACGACUAUAAACCUUAUGCUUGUCCAACGUGCGGCAAAGGGUUUGAGAAGCCUAACCUGCUUUCCAAACACAAGGUGAUCCACCGGCAAGACAAGCCCUAUAAGUGUCAGGAAUGUGGCAUGGCGUUUGUCCAGCUGCUCAGGCUGAAAAGACACCAGCAGACUCACUCUGGGGAACGUCCUUUCUACUGUGAGGAGUGCGGAGGGACCUUCACCCGGCUGGCAUCGCUCCAGCGCCAUCACCGCAUCCACACUGGAGAGAAGCCCUACUCUUGCAGUUACUGUGGUCAUUGCUUCACUGAGUCAGGUACCCUACGGAGGCACGAACGCACUCACAAGUUGGACAAAUCUUAAUUUUGAAGCUUACUCAUGAUUGUGGUUUCCUUGGUUGCUUCUUACCUGAACGAGUGCUGCUCGGUUGGGCUGGAGAAGGCACUGGAUGUGCUCUGCCCAGUCCAGACCUGCUUCCCAGUAGCGGCUGUCAGGGAACACGGCAUCAUGAGGAUCUCUGGAACUUAUAGAGAUGGCACUUGCUGGCAUUAAACUGGCUUUGUAUAAAAAAAUAACCUAAUUACCACUGAGUCAUGAAACAAGAGGCUUGUAAAGAAUGAAAUCACUCACAUGUGCUAGCGCUGUCUCGGUUUGCUGAACUGAUGAUGCAUCAGCUUGAGCUUUUUGCAAGGAUGCACAGGCUAUGAGACUUUCCUCUGCAGUCUUGGUCACUGGAUAAAUUGGCCCUGCCCUCUUGAGUCUGAUGGCUCUUUGGCACUGGCUUUGGAGAUCCUGUUGUUGCAGGUCUUUGCUAAAUCAGAACAAUCCAGAGUUGCCCCUCUAUCCCUUCUCUCCUUACUUUCUGAUGAGUUUUUCUUUCCUUUUUUUUUCUUUAAUUUGGAGGAGAAGUGUCAUGUUGGUUAUUUAAAAAAAAAAAAAUCACAAAAGAGUCCUCAAUAAACUCAACAGUUACCAGCUGUA